AUGCUUCUCUGUCUGAAGUGUAAAUAUCCUAAUACAAUCUAUCUUCUUCGUGGAAAUCACGAAACACCAGAUAUCUCAUCAUUAUACGGUUUCAAAGACGAAUGCGAUUAUUACUUCCCAAAUACUGACAUCUGGCAAGAGUUUAAUGAAGUUUUUUCAUAUCUUCCUAUCGCUGCUAUCAUUUCCGAUCGUAUCUUCUGUGUUCAUGGUGGUCUUUCUAAGGACAUCAGCAAACUUAGCGAGAUCGAAAGUCUACAACGUCCAUUAGAAGUUCCAGAGAACGGUCCACUUGCUGAUUUGCUUUGGGCGGAUCCUAAAAACGAUACUAUGGGCUACCAAGAAAGCGACCGCGGCAUAUCAUACACAUUUGGUCCGGAUGUUGCAAACAACUUCCUUGAACAAAACGACUUUGACUUAAUUUGCCGUGCACAUCAAGUUGUUAAUGAUGGUUUUGAAUUCCCAUUCUAUCCUAAGCAAACCGUUGUUACAGUCUUUAGUGCACCAAAUUACUGCAACGAAUUCGGUAACAAAGGUGCUAUUUUAAUUAUUGAUGAAAACCUUACAUGUUCAUUCAAAUUUGUUAAUCCAAAAUCAAUGACAUACACUUGA